AUGGUGAUUUGCUAUCACUUACCCACGCCGUGUCCACUGGACAUCUGGCAAAGAGUAAAGCGGGAAAGGAGCUGUCCCCAAGAAGUAACAGCCAGCCCUGCUCCAGAUAUUAUAAAUACAGGAUCUAGUGAUAGGACAACUGGUGCCGCAAUUAACUUAACUACACCAUCUGAUAAGCCUGCGUCACAAAUAACCUUUAGCCAGAAGAACUAUGUAGAAAGGAUGACUAACAGUAUGGUCUUGGAUAAGACAGAUAUACAAGCAUACAUGAAAACACUAGCCUUGAUUAAAGCCAAAUAUAUGGUUUAUAAGAAUCAUUUGCUGAUAAACAGAAAUGGCAUUGACCAGAUUAAUAUUACUAGUAAUAUACCCUCUGAGAUUAGCCGGAUGUACAGAAUAUGGAUUACUGCCCUGCUGGGCGCCUGGCUUCUUACGCGGUUAGUAUACCAGCUUGGUCAGUGGACUAUCCAACACCACAUUGCGGCCUCCCUUGGACAGUGUCUCAGCCGCGAGUUACCGUGGCUUCUCCAGGCUAUUAACAUUGCCACCGCAUUCAAGGUUAUUUUAGUUGGGGUGCUCCUGGGCGCCAACAUUAUCCUCCUACUCAUGUCCGCCCAUGGCUGGGCUGAUGUCCAGCAACGCGCGGCGAAGCUCGCCAUCCUGAAUCUAUUACCACUCAGUACAGGCCUAACCUUUGACCUCCCGGCCCAUCUGCUCGGAAUCAGCUGCUCUGCCGUUGCGUGGUUGCAUCGCUGGUUUAGGCAGGUGAUGGCCGCCUAUUCCCUUCUUCAUGGAGCCAUUACUAUUACCAGAGCGGAUAAGCCGAUCCCUUCGAUGAGGCAUGACUGGGUUCCCUUGCUGGCAGCUGCUGCCAUUUUAAUGAUAAUCCCUGUGACCUUGCAUGUGGUCGUCCGACGUCACUAUCAGAUCACCAUAAGAAUCCACUACCUUCUGGCGGUCACAGCAAUGGUGGCCCUGGCGUAUCAUAUAUGGGACCGAGGGUCAGAUUCCCGCUGGCAAGAUUUCGCUCGUGCUUCCAACUCCAGCCCUUCUAUAUCACUUACUGGGAUGAUGCGCCCGGACCGCCCUGCACUGUUGCUGGGGCCAUACAGCCGAUCGAUCAACUUUUCUCUGUUUGGGACGAUCGUAUUCAUCAUAAAGGACAUUGGUAUGUUACAAGUGCUUCCCUAUAUCCGCAUGCUCAUCCAGGCGAGCGAGCAGCGGCAGGCCAUGUUACUGACAAAUGCUAGACCACCAAUGCUGGCUAGGCAAUUGGAUGCAGGACCUGUUGGACCUCGACCGCAGUGA